UCCACACAGAGAAUAUUACCGAGAAGGAAACAGGUUGCAACGGAGCUCAACUUCUGAAAUCGUGAGAUAAUAUUCACGUCUUCUUUACUCAGUAUUUUUUUUUGCAGAUUUCAAAACUAGAAGAGAGACCUUCUCUUAAUUCUCGACAUUUUAUUUAACUGUGACUGCUUUUUUCACUUUUUGUCACAGGCGACAGGAGAAUGUGAUGUGUUAACAGUGCAAACAUUAGGAGAGACAAUCCUGUAGGAUGAGAGACUUAAACAAGUCCAGCAGUCUGAAGAUAACGGCCAUGGUGAGAUCUUCACUCCAGAACGUCAUGCUUUUUCUACAGCACAUCCAAAGCAUGACUGUCACCUCACCACCAUACCAGAAACUCUCCAAGGAUAUUCAGACAGAAGUUGAUGCCCAGAGUAAUUCUUCUAGAAAGGCCCCGGGGAGUCAGAUAUUGAAAACCAAACUCCAAGGGCUGGGCAAUGUUGGCCUCAUUCCUAUAGCCUCCAGAAGAGAUUGUUCAGAGAAAUGGACUGAACUCAUAGCUGUCUUGGAGGAGCUGUGGUUCUGGAUAGAACUGAAGGACGAAGAACUGGCAAACCGGCAGAGAGAUGCUAAUGAUGACGUACACGAUUCACUUCAGCAACAAGAUCACUGUACGGCCUUGAGCAGUGAAUGGAUAGGUCGCAGACAUGUAAUCAGAACUCUGAAUCAGACGUGUCUGUCGCUGGAAGUUCAACCUAAAACAAAGGAAGCCCAAAGAAAUACAGAAAAAUCUGCAGAAACACCGCAGGAUGAGAACUUUCAUCCAUCUCGAGCUUUUGAGGUCGAGCGACGCUUCAGCUGGCAGCACGAGCUUGACUGGGCACUGAGGAAACUUCAAGAGCUCCAAAAUGCCAUGGACCAACUGGACCUGGGCCUGGGCCUGGGCCUGGGCCUGGCCGAGGUGGAGAAUGAAAGUUACCCUUCAAUAAAGCACGGAGUGGUGGUCGACUGUGAACUUGGGAAGGUUGAGAAGAUGAAGGGGUCCAUGGGUAAUCGGCACAGACAGAUGCGAUGCUCUCGAACGGAUAACAAAUGUUUGCUCCAUGACUUCUUGUCCGUUUCCGUUCAGUGCCCAUGGCAGAGAGCUGUUUUUCAAAAUGGCGUCCCGUAUUAUAUCAAUCAUGAGCAGCAGACCACGUCCUGGGACCAUCCUCAGAUGACACAACUAUUUCAGUCGAUGGUUGAUCUCAGUCAGGUCCGUUUCUCCGCCUACCGCACAGCCAUGAAGAGCCGUCGGCUACAGAAAGCCCUUUGCUUGGAUCUUCUGGACCUCAGCGUAGCCCAGGGCGUCUUUGAUCAACACGAACUCGCUCAUAAUGAACAACUGCUAGAUGUUCCAGACAUCAUAAACUGUCUCUGUACAAUCUAUAGACAACUUCAGCAGGUUCACCCACAUCUGAUCAACGUCCCUUUAUGUGUGGAUCUGUGUCUCAACUGGCUUUUAAAAGUCUAUGAUAGUGACAGAAGUGGAAAAGUUCAGGUGUUGUGCGUGAAGAUCGGCUUGUUCUCUCUUUCAAAAGGACAACUGGAGGACAAGUACAAAUAUCUGUUCGCUCAGGUUGCCAGCGCUGCAGGUGUGUGUGACCAGAGGCAGCUGGCUGUACUGCUUCACACCAGCAUCAGAAUCCCACAUCAACUCGGGGAGGCUGCGGCAUUUGGAGGCGGUAACACGGAGCCCAGCGUCCGUAGCUGCUUUCAGCAUGUAGGCGGCGAAGACUUCAUCGAGCAGGAGCAGUUUGUGGAUUGGAUGCAUUUAGAGCCGCAGUCGAUGGUGUGGUUACCUGUGCUUCAUAGAGUCGCCGCAGCAGAAACGGCCAGACACCAGACCAAAUGUACCAUCUGUAAAGACUGCCCUAUGAUGGGAUUCAGGUAUCGAAGUCUGAAGCACUUUAACUACAACGUGUGUCAGACGUGUUUUUUCUCGGGAAAGGUCGUCAAGAACCGUCAUCUCAGCUACCCCAUGGUGGAGUACUGCACCCCUACGACCUCCGGUGAAGAUGUGCGUGACUUCACCAAAGUACUAAAGAACAAAUUCCGCUCGAAGAAAUACUUCACCAAACAUCCCCGCCUGGGCUACCUGCCAGUGCAGACCAUUCUAGAAGAAGAGACACCAGUAACACUUUUAAGCCCAUGUCCAGAGGAUUUUGAGAGAGACGACCACAGCAUGGCUCAGAUUCAUGAGAGCUCAUCAGAUCCAGCUGCAUGCGUUCAUCAGAGCCCGUCUGACACCACAGUCAUGAAGAAUGAGCGGGAACAGACGGGUCAUUCUCAGAGCGAGGGUGAGACAGGUACCCGGACCACCUCACCUGAUAAACAGGUGCACUGAUGUGUUCUGAUGCAUCCAGAAUAAUGCAAAAAUGAUGACUGAUGCAGUUUUGGCGUGACAGCACUUUUAUCAUCUCUAUCUUCUCAAACGGUGCAGAUGUAUCGGUUUAUCCACGAGCUGCUCGCUGGAGUCUGACCGGAGUGACACGUGGGGCGAUCACGUAACUUCCUCCCAGAGGGACUCCGGUCAUGCUUUAAUGCCACUGAUAGUAUACACAAACAUUCUGUCACCCGCCCUGGCUUCUUCAUUCAGCCCUGACCAUCAGUUCUGGUGACACAUCUACACAAAGCUGCUUUGCAAAGAUGCGUUGUUGAAUGCAGACAGUGGAAAAAUUCCAUUAUAGUGCUGCAGAAUUGAUUUAUUCCGUUCGUAUUUUUGAAACGUGUUCCUUGAAUUGUUUUCCUAUGAAUGUUCUUGUUUAUGCACUUUAUCUGGGUGAUCUUUUGUUUCUUGUAAUGCUUGAUUUUGUAUUGUCUAUUAUUUCGUCCAGAUUAACAUUUGAGAAGAAUCAUAAAGGUGGAGUAUCCGAUUACUAAACCAUUUUUAUUGUAGCCAAAUAGUUAUUUCAAAUAUUCAGCAUUAGGCAUUUGUUUGCUUUUUCUGUUACAUGUUUGUCAGAGAUGCAAGGUGACAGCGUUCAUUCACUUGUUUGCUGUUGAUCAUGUAAAUGUUUGUGAUUAAAAAACUUGAAAUAUCUACUUUUUAUAAUUUAGAUUUAAGGCUGUUCCAAUAUCCAUUCUGAGUCCGUUUGAUUAGUGCUGGUGUUUGAUUAUCAUCAGCUGCACUAGAAAUGUGUUUUAUUUCUUACAUUUUGUUUUAUGUAAAGCUGGAUCCUGAAAGAGCACUUUGCAUGAAAUAUUUUGUGUUCUGAAAAGUGAUGGAAAGUCUUUUUAUUUUGAUGGGGUCCGUUUAUAAUAACGGCCUUAAGCUUUCAAGGGGUAAUGGUUUGACACUGACCGAUAGAUGACCAACAUUGUUUAAAGGAUGAUUGAAUGUUUACAAAGCACAAUGCUACGCUUUGUGUUUACACUGCAAAAAAUGACAUUCUCCUUUUUCUCAAGUACUUAAUUCAAGUUUAUUUUACCAUAAACUUAAUUCUUAUAUUAUUUUUCAUAAAACAAGUAUAACCAAAUAUCUCAGGUAUUUUUUCUUGUCAAGUAAUUGUAUUUUGAUUUAAGAAUGUUUAGAUAUUUGUACUACAGAACAAGACAAAGACACUUUGCAUGUCAAAAUGUCAUUUUUUACCAUCUAAACGUUUUUUGCAUUUGGAGGCUCCGUGUAUAUCAGCUGUUUAAACUCCACCAGACCUUCUGUAAAAGCCCAUUUCCAUUAGGGUUCCACCAGCAGAUGAGCCCACCCGACCAGUCGCUCGGCUCUGGGGCAUCGGGACAUUUAUCAUGUUUUGUCAUGUGGAUGUUUUGGUGCAGAGGCGAAAUGAUAUUGUGAUAGACAAUACUGAAAGCGAGACACUGUAUCUUAUUGUAAGGAUUAUAUAAAAAUGACCUUGUUAAUGUUCAUACAUACAGAUUAUAAAAUACUUAUGAAGCUAUGAACAUUUUUAAAAGAAUGUUUUCCUGUCAUUUGUUUAAAGAGUUUAUUAUCUCAUUAGAAAUAUGUUUCAUAAUAAUAAUAAUUUCCAGUUUCUCUCUUGCAGUUUCUGAUGUAUAUGUUGUAAACUGCAGCAGCACCUGGUGGCAAAAACAUUAAAGCACUUCUGGUAUCACUGCUAAAGGAAUCAAGACAUUUUAAAAUAUCAUCUGUAGCCACACCAAACUCGAAUUAAUUUCCAUGACUUUUAAUAUUUAAAAACAGUGGAGCAAAGCAUUACCCAGACGUUACAGGGUUAAUGUCAUUACUGGCAAAAUAAUUUCUGUCCCAGCUAAUUUGCAUAAUAAUUAAAUUAAAAAAAAAAAAAAUUCGUAGCUUCAUAAAUUUUUUAUGUAAUCUGUUGUUUGCAUGUGGUCAUGCUCAAUGAAGUAGCUCACCAGUCUUUGGAUUUCCUCAAUUUAUUAUAGAAUCUUGACAAAACGCAACUAAGGAUUCAUAUGAAACUGUAACUUUAAUAAAAAAGGACAUCAAACGUCUUAUUUUAAAAAAGAGUCUUUUGGACACUAGCAUGCAUGAAAGAUGACAGAAUGAACACAGACAUGUAUAGCAGGUGUCAGGAUUUGGUGAUAAUGUAUACUUGCUUUAAGAAAAAGUGGAAACCAUGGAGUGAAUUAACUUUUCAAACAAAUAAACACUAAAUAGCCAAGUGCCCUCAUACAAGCAUGUGUGUGUGUAUAUAUAUAUAUAUAUAUAUAAAUAUAUAGUUGAAAAACCUACAGUGUAUAAGUAACAAUCACUCCAAAAGACAAAGAGACAUUGUGCAUAUUGACAGAUGUCUUUAAAAAGAGAUCACUCGGAUGUUUCAUAACAUUGUAUCAGAAGUCAUACCUUUGUGAAAAGUUCUCAAAAAUAAGUGGUGUAAAAAGUAUCAAACAAGGCAAAGAUUAAAAUAUUGCAACAUUUCAGGAUGUCACCAAACUGAAACACUGUAACUAUACACCUGAAUAGACAUAUAGGUAAAACUGGACUCUAAUCGUAAACCGGGCUGUCCAGUCCUCCUUCUGGAGACCGGUCUUGCAGAGCUGCAUCUCUAAUAAACACACCUGAAUCAGAUCAUUCAUAACAUCGAUCUGUGAGUGUGUUUGAGCUCAACUCUGCAGGACACUUGCCCUCCGGAAGCAAGUUUGGACAUCCCUGCAGUAAACCCAGGUAAUGUUGGAAGAGAAAUAUCAAGUAAUAAAUUGCCAUCGAUGAUCUUUGUCUCACAGACAAACUGGUGUAACGGAACAUGCUUCGUGUCAAACCCCUGAGAGACAGAGAAAUAUAUCUCCACAUGCAUUGUGUGCGACCACACAUCUUAACAGGCUACAUCAGCGGUCCUCGUACCCGUCCUUGCAGGUUUAUGUGCAGCGACUCGUAAUCGAGACGAUUGAAAGCAGUUUGUCAAACAGCACAUCAUUGACAUUUACACAAAUGUCUUUUUUGCAGGUAAUUUAACGUAAUGGCACCAGUGAAGUUGGCCAACGUUGUUUUUUCAAAAGACGGAAAGACCAGAAUAAUCGCUGCGUGUGAGUAUCAAGUAUAUUGUUAAAAAAACUAAAAGGCAUAAAUGCUUGUUAGAAUUUUGGACAAUAGUCUCAAGAUACAGUACACAUGCAUCUUGAGUUCAUGCAUUAGAAACCCACAGUCAACAGAUUUCUUUUGGUCGUUUCCAUCGUUUCAACGA